AUGCAGUAUAGAGAUUUUUCGCUCCAAGCCAUUUUGCUUAAUCCGUUUACCGGACCGCGUUACGCGGUAUGCGUUAUGCGAGUCGGUCGCGGCACGCGGUACGCGGAAAGGCAUGGCGAGGAAAAUGGAAAAACUUGCGAGAUGCGAGAUAGCUACAUGAAGCAACGUAGACUUCUGAAGGAAAAGGAAAGUGGUGACGCAGCUACAAAAGUCCAUAAAUGGAAGUUCUUUGAUAUUCUGUGGUUUCUGGAACCAUACAUAGCUGGAAAUGAGGCCGACACUAAUGUUCCCGAUAUUGAAGAAACGGGCGAUAACGAUUCGUACACUGGUACACAUAGUGUUAAUGAAGAUAACGGGUCUGAAGUUAGCUCCAUAAUUAGUGAACCUAUGCCACUGGAAACAGCAGCUUCAUCAGUUUCGCCUACCCCAAGCACAUCUACUGGAAGAGUCGGUAAAACUCCAAAGAAAAGUGGAAAACGACACUUAGUAGAGGAUACUUCUUCAAUUGAAUCAGCUCUGACUGAUUUCAUUAAUGAAAGCAAAAAGAACCACGAAGAUCUUAAAGGAAAUACGGAAACUAAUCCCGAUGAGCUGCUAUUUGCAAGUUAUGCCAAGCGUAUGAAGGAACUACCAAAGUCUUUUUUAACGCCGAAAAUCAGGGUGGAAUACAGAUUCCAGUAA